AUGUCCAUGUUCCUGAAUGCGGGGUUUGGAGGGCUUCGCAUAUCUCGAGGUGCAGGGCCGUUCGGGCGUUUCCUGCACCCCUGACAGCAUUGGGCUGAUGGUACGGUCCGGCCGAGUCACGCGCUUUGGGCUCGGCGCUGGCUGCUAGAGGUGCGGGCAUCACUGAAAAUGUCAAGUCUUCGCAUAUGACUGCUGUUGCCAUGGGUGACUUGUGUGGCAGGUCUUUGCAUGCUCUCGUCUAGUCGGGCUGGUGAAGGUGUGAUUCUGCUAAAUUUAAGGCCUCUUCCCUACCUCCAAGGCACCAUGAAUGCCAUCGUCGCCCUCUGUCACUUCUGUGAGCUCCAUGGCCCUCGAACUCUGUUCUGCACAGAGGUUCUUCACGCACCCCUGCCCCAGGGAGCUGGGAGCGGAGACAGCCCUGGCCAGGGCGAGCAGGCCGAGGAGGAGGAGGGCGGCAUCCAGAUGAGCAGUCGGGUCCGUGCCCACAGCCCAGCUGAAGGGACCAGUGCUGAAUCUAACAGCCCGGGGCCCAAAAAGUCGGACAUGUGCGAGGGCUGCCGGUCACUUGCUGCAGGGCACCCAGGCUAUAUCAGCCACGAUAAAGAGACCUCGAUUAAGUACGUCAGUCACCAGCACCCCAACCACCCCCAGCUCUUCAGCAUUGUCCGCCAGGCCUGUGUCCGGAGCCUGAGUUGCGAGGUGUGCCCUGGCCGUGAGGGGCCCAUUUUCUUUGGGGAUGAGCAACAUGGUUUUGUGUUCAGCCACACCUUCUUCAUCAAAGACAGCCUGGCCAGGGGCUUCCAGCGCUGGUACAGCAUCAUUGCCAUCAUGAUGGACCGGAUUUACCUCAUCAACUCCUGGCCCUUCCUGCUCGGGAAGAUCCGAGGGAUCAUUGAUGAGCUCCAGGGCAAGGCCCUCAAGGUGUUUGAGGCAGAGCAGUUUGGAUGCCCCCAGCGUGCUCAAAGGAUGAACACGGCAUUCACGCCCUUCCUGCACCAGAGGAAUGGCAAUGCAGCCCGCUCACUCACCUCCUUGACCAGCGAUGACAACCUGUGGGCCUGUUUGCACACCUCCUUUGCCUGGCUCCUGAAGGCGUGUGGCAGCCGGCUGACAGAGAAACUCCUAGAGGGCGCGCCGACAGAGGACACCUUGGUGCAGAUGGAGAAGCUUGCUGACUUAGAAGAGGAAUCAGAAAGCUGGGACAACUCUGAGGCUGAAGAGGAGGACAAGGCCCCUGUGUUGCCGGAGGGUGCAGAAGGGCGGGAGCUGACCAAAUGUCUGACAGAUUUGUCCUUAAGGUCAGACUGUGGAAGCUGGCAGCCCCGGAAACUGUCUGUGUUCAAAUCGCUGAGGCACAUGAGACAGGUCCUGGGUGCCCCAUCAUUCCGCAUGUUGGCCUGGCACGUUCUCAUGGGGAACCAGGUGAUCUGGAAAACCAGAGACGUGGACCUGGUCCAGUCAGCAUUUGAAGUUCUUAGGACCAUGCUGCCUGUAGGCUGUGUCCGGAUCAUCCCGUACAGCAGCCAGUAUGAGGAGGCCUACCGGUGCAACUUCCUGGGGCUCAGCCCGCACGUGCAGAUCCCCGCCCAUGUGCUAUCCUCAGAGUUUGCAGUUGUCGUGGAGGUCCACACAGCCACGCGCUCUGCCCUCCAUCCAGUUGGAUGUGAGGAUGACCAGUCUCUCAGCAAGUAUGAGUUUGUGGUGACCAGUGGGAGCCCAGUGGCUGCAGACCGAGUUGGCCCCACCAUCCUGAAUAAGAUUGAAGCGGCCCUGACCAACCAGAACCUGUCUGUGGAUGUGGUGGACCAGUGCCUCGUCUGCCUCAAGGAGGAGUGGAUGAACAAAGUGAAGGUCCUCUUUAAAUUCACCAAGGUGGACAGUCGGCCCAAGGAAGACACACAGAAGCUCCUGAGCGUCCUGGGUGCUGCCGAGGAGGACAAUGUCAAGCUGCUGAAAUUCUGGAUGACAGGCCUAAGCAAGACCUACAAGUCACACCUCAUGUCCACAGUCCGCAGCCCCACUGCCUCUGAGUCUCGUAACUGACGCCAUUGGGUUUGUUUCCAUGUGCACUUUCUGGGAAAUGGUGGUGGCAGUGCAUAGGCCAUCCUCCAGCCCUGAGAGAGGAGGGACUGCUGCUAAGUUCUGGACUGUAGGCAUACAGCCAGGUCCUGGUAUGGGGUGGAAACUGCUAGGCUGGGCUCUGCCCUGUGUGGGGCUCAGCAUAUGUGUGGUUCUUAGCACAUUCUAUAGCUGUCAAACCACCUGCAUGAGGAAGGCAGUGGAAACCGUGCACAGCACAGCUCCAUGAGGAAGACUCAGGAGCACAGGGCUCACGUGCCUCAGAUGCAGCCGCAGAACUGACUGAAGACUCGGUGUUUGGGCUGCAGUAACUUGUCCUCUCUUGGGAUCAGCAUCUGAACCCUUUCCUUUUGAAAUGCAGCAAGUUUCCUUGUUUAAGAGUAUGUUUUGCUGUUUGUGAAUAUUGAGGACAUAGUCCCAUCCAGUCGGUUUUGGUCAUCUGCUUUUAAGUUAGGGCUCUGUAAAGGCUUUUGGAGGUGAAGUGGAUGUUCUUCUCAAUACUAGGUCCUCUGAAAUUCAUAUUCUCAGGCAGUGUGGCUCAUCUUGUGGGUGCAUUCCCCUGUGCUGGUAUGGAGUUAACCUGUGGCUUAAUGAUGCAACCCUUGGCUCUACACAAAAGAUGUGCCUUUGCUGAGGCAUCUCAUUGACCAACUCAUUGUAGAUAGUGAAACCCACCAUGGCUUCAUUCUGAGUCACUUUCUCCUGUAUUGUGGUUUUCAACAUUUACACAUGGCUGCUGUGCUGCCAACGACAUCAUCCUAUUGUACAGUUUUUGGUUUUCUGGUACCGGGGAUCAAACUCCAGACGUUGCACUUGUGAGGCAGGUGCCGGAACCACUGAGCUAAAUCCCCGGCCCCCCAUUGUACAGUUUUAAUGAGUCAUGGCUUGGAAGGAUUUUCUGGCAGUUUUCCCAAUUUGUUUAUAGUUUUUUGGUGUUCAUUUAAUUUAUAUUUAACACAAAGACUUAAAUGUAUUGUGACUGUAUAAUACAAGCAUUGAAACACAAUAAAUAUCUAUUUUUGUAACUUG